AUGGCGACUACCAAUGACCUCCCCGCGCUGGAUGUCAACAGCUACGAUUACAUCGUGGUCGGUGGUGGCACGGCAGGCUGUGUCAUUGCCGCCCGAUUGGCGCAGUAUCUCCCCAACAAGCGCACCCUGGUCAUCGAGGGUGGUCCUAGUGACUUCACCGAUGACCGAGUCCUCAAUCUGAAGGAGUGGCUGAAUUUGCUGGGCGGCGAACUCGACUAUGAUUAUCCUACGACCGAGCAACCCAAUGGCAACAGCUACAUCCGCCACUCUCGUGCCAAGGUUCUCGGUGGCUGCUCUAGUCACAACACCCUCAUCUCCUUCCGCCCCUUCGAGUACGACUGCAAAACCUGGGUCGCCAAGGGUUGCAAGGGUUGGGACUUUGAGACCUUCACCCGCAUGAUCGAUGGUCUGCGCAACACCUUCCAGCCCGUGCACGCCCGUCACCGUAACCAGCUAUGCAAGGAUUGGGUCCAAGCAUGCUCCACCGCCAUGAACAUCCCGGUGAUUGAGAACUUCAACGCCGACAUCCGCAAGAACGGAGAGCUGACCGAGGGUGUUGGUUUCUUCAACGUCUCCUACAACCCGGAUGACGGUCGUCGCAGCAGUGCCUCCGUCGCCUACAUCCACCCCAUUCUCCGGGGCGAUGAGAAGCGCCCCAACUUGACCAUCCUCACCAAUGCCUGGGUGUCCAAGGUCAAUGUCGAGGGUGACCGAGUCACUGGUGUCAACGUUACUCUGCAGUCCGGCGUCAAGCACACUCUUCGCGCCAAGAAGGAGACCAUCCUCUGCGCUGGCGCCGUCGAUACUCCUCGUCUGAUGUUGUUGUCCGGUCUGGGUCCCAAGGAGCAACUGACCUCCUUGGGCAUUCCCGUGAUCAAGGAUCUCCCCGGCGUCGGUGAGAACCUGCUGGACCACCCCGAGAGUAUCAUCAUGUGGGAACUCAACUACCCCGUUCCUCCCAACCAGACCACCAUGGACUCGGAUGCCGGUAUCUUCCUGCGUCGCGAGGCCCCCAACGCCGCCGGCUCCGACGGCCGCGCCGCCGAUAUCAUGAUGCACUGCUACCAGAUCCCCUUCACCCUCAACACCUCCCGUCUCGGCUACGACGAGCCCAUCAACGCCUUCUGCAUGACGCCCAACAUUCCCCGCCCUCGCUCUCGUGGUCGUCUCUUCUUGACCUCGGCCGAUCCCUCCGUCAAGCCCGCCCUGGACUUCCGUUACUUCACCGACCCAGAGGGCUACGACGCCGCCACCAUCGUCGCCGGUCUUAAGGCCGCCCGUAAGAUCGCCCAGCAAUCCCCCUUCAAGGAGUGGAUCAAGCGUGAAGUGGCCCCCGGCCCUUCGGUCCAGACCGACGAGGCGCUGUCCGAGUACGGUCGUCGUGUUGCGCACACCGUGUACCACCCGGCCGGUACCACCAAGAUGGGCGACGUCACCCGCGACCCCAUGGCCGUCGUCGACCCCACCCUGAAAAUUCGCGGCCUCAAGGGUGUGCGUAUUGCGGAUGCCGGUGUUUUCCCGGACAUGCCCACCAUCAACCCCAUGCUCACUGUUUUGGCCAUUGGUGAGCGUGCCGCGGAGUUGAUCGCCGAGGAGGCCGGCUGGACUCGCUCGCAGCCUCGUCUGUAA